AGCUGUGCGCAGCACCAAACCUUUCCCACCACUACCUACCGGCUACAUGUGGGGGAAGAAACCUGCGGAGGAAAGAAACUACAAUUAGCAUUACUUUCUACUGCAUGGAAUAACUGCACUGAUUUUUUUCCACGGAGGCGUUAGGUGUUUAAACUAGUGAAAGUUGGAUGCCUGAGUGGACAUUUGCAAGUCUGGACAGAACGACAAUGGAAUUUGUGAUCUCGUAACCACGAGAAAUAGCGUUAACAUCUGUGUUGUGUUAGCUAAUUUGUCUACGUAUAUAAGCACCGUUUACAGACAAAUAUGAAACUCUCCAUGAGACCAGUGAAGAGUAGUUAGCUUCGCUGGAACGAGGAGUGAGCCGCGUUUGGAGCCAGUGACUGGAGACUUGUUCACAAGAUUGUGCCCAGAAGGAUGUGUUUUUAAUCCCGAGCUGCUGGGAGGCCAAGAGGUGACAUACCUCCUGUAAAACACCACUGGAAUCAAAUGCUCUGCUGCCAUGCCUCCGGAGAUGGUGCUUCGUCUUUCAGUGUUAGCAGACCAAACACUGCUGUCUUUCCUGCUGCUAGCCGUCUGCUGGCCCUUCACCUCAUUACCUAGUGGUGUUGUCCAAGGAUCAGACUCCUCUCCCUCCAUUCUUUAUCCCACCUUUAUCAGGAAUGACACUCUGUUUGAGCACUUGGCCCUGCAUCCUGACCCCAGUGUAAGUCGGGUCUAUGUCGGGGCUCGAGAUCACCUGUUCCAGUUGGAUCGAUUCCUCCAACCUGAACUUCAGGAUUACACCGGUCCUGUCACAGACAGUCGGGAGUGCUUACCUCCUGUAACUGACAGCAACUGCCCUCAGGCUAAGCUCACCAACAACCACAACAAGCUCCUGCUGGUCGACCCAUACUCAAUGGAACUUAUUACCUGCGGGAGCGUCAAUCAAGGGAUCUGCCAGAAACGUAAUCUGGAUUCUGUGGAUGAGGUACUUUUCUCUACAGAGAGGCCAGUAGAUACUCAAUACGUAGCAGCUAACCACCCCAACGUCAGCACCGUGGGACUUGUGGUUCGCUCUCAUCCUGACAGGCAGCCAGUACUGUUUGUGGGUCGGGGCUACACUAGCAGCCACCCACCUAUCUCCACACGUAAUCUUAUCAAGGAACCCAUCUUCUCUUACGAAGAAACUGCUAAAUUGGCUGUGGCUGGCCGUCUCUCAGAAUAUGACCAUCAUUUUGUAGCAUCAUUUGCCCACCGUCAGCAUGUAUACUUCCUCUUCUACAGGCGGGACCUAAAGUCACAGUCACGUGAGUACCGCACCUACAUCUCUCGUGUUUGUUUGGACGACCAGGCCUAUUACUCCUACGUGGAAGUGCCCUUGACAUGCCGUUCCAGGGCAGGAAAAAUUUACAACGUCUUGCAAGCUGUCCAGCUUGGGCUCACCAAGGAUGGUAUAUUGAGUCAAGGCUCAGAAGUUCUUCUUGGUGUCUUCUCCACUCGUUUGGCUUCAUCCACUCGUCCAAGUGAGGACUCAGCCCUCUGCAUGUUUAACCUCAGAGAUGUGGACCACAGGAUUAACUCCACCAGAGACCUGUGCUACACACAGAUGGGUAAAGAAGCAGGACUGGAGGCGGCCUACAUCGAGUAUGAAGUCAAGUCCAACUGUGCCAACCUGCCAGAGAACACUCUGGAUGCGUAUCCCUGCGGCUCUGACCACACCCCCAGCCCGAUGGCCAGCAGGAUGGCCGUAGAAGCAGAGACCAUAUUGGACAGCCCGUCUGCCCGUCUCACUGCUGUGGCUGUCAGCGUGAGGGCAGGACAUACCAUUGCCUUCCUGGGAGACUCCAAAGGGAACCUGCACAAGGUGUUCCUGGGGCCAAAUGGAGAAGUGGAGGAGUUCUCUGUCACCUCCAUUCAGCAAAACACAGCCAUCAGUUCAGACUUGAUCCUGGACCAGAAAGAGGAACAUCUCUUCAUCAUGACUCAUAACAUGCUGCAGAAGAGGCCUGUGGCUGAAUGCCAGCAGAACCCAGACUGCCACUCCUGCCUGCUGGCCCACGACCCUUACUGUGGCUGGUGUGUCCUGGAGGGAAGAUGUGUGUUGCAGUCAGCGUGUGCUCGUGGGAAGCAGCCAGGUCAGUGGCUGUGGAGCUUUGACAUGGAGCAGCAGUGUCUGGCCGUGCAGGCCCUCAAGCCCUCCAAUGUCAGCAGGGAGGAGAGCAGGACGGUGUCUCUGUCAGUCGCAGGACUUCCAGUGUUAGAGAAAGACGAGACCUACUCCUGCUUCUUCUACGACAGCCACAGUCCUGCAAUUGUCACUGGAAGCGGGGUCACCUGCCAUUCUCCUGACACCAGCCGAGUACCCAUGGUGCCUCCUGGACAGGACUUUGUCACGGUCACCCUGUCUCUUCGCUUUGGCGACGUCACCGUCACAUCGAGGGAUUUCACCUUCUAUGACUGUACGGCUGUUAAGCAGCUGUCUGGCAGCAUGCCUUGCCGUGGUUGUGUUUUGAGCAGGUGGGGCUGUAACUGGUGUGUUCACCAGCACCUGUGUACCCACAAGCCCACCUGUGAGGAGGGAGUGAUUAUCUACAACCAACAUUUUAAACUCCCCACCUCAGCUCCUCCCACAACCAAACCAGUUAAAGUCAUUACAACAGCCACUUCCACAACUGCUGCCCUGACAACCACCAUCACCUCCACUACUAUGACAACCACAACUAUUGAUACAACAACUGUAGCCCCCGUAACUGUAGCAACCACUCAGGAGCCCACCACCCCUCCUGCACCCACGACUCCACUGGCGACCACCACCGGCCUUGAUCCAACCACCCCCCCCACCACCCUGCCCCCCCAGCCUGCCAGCACCAUACCAUCCACCACAGCAGCACCCACUCCACCUCCCCCUCCAGUGCUCACCACCAGGCAGGGAGAAGAGCUUUUUGUUGUCUCCCACGGUGUAACACCCACUGUCUCCAUGGUAGCCAUAGAGUUGGUGCCAGUCACCAUGGCUGAUGGUCUCAAUGGAGAUCUGGACCCUGUGGUGCCAUUGAUCACCCCCCCCCAUGAGGUGGAUUCCUCCCACCUGGAGGUGGUGACAGGGUCUCCCCCCAGCGGCACUCAGGAAGCUGAGGAAGCUUUGAGCCUGGCAGAGCCUCCCACCCCGGCCUCGGCUGGCUUCCCCCUGCCCACGCCCUUCUCUGUGGGUGAACCUGGCCACCCCAAGCCCUCCCUUGACCUGGACUUGACCCAGACUCCCACCCUGAUGCCCACACAAGACUCCCACACUGAGGCAGGAAGCCCAGGCAGUGACCCUGGGGUGCUCCUCUGGCCAAAAGAAGAAGUGGACGUCCACACUGAUAGUGCCGUUCAGUCAGAAAAUGACACGGCAACAUUUUCCGCUGCCACUGUGUUGUCAGGUGAUGGCGAGGUCGACCACGCCGCCCCAUCCUACCCCCAACUGCUGGAUACUGACUCAGAGCUAGACUACCAGUAUGAUUCAGCUGAUGCCUUCCUCCCGGGGGAUGAGGGCUCUUACGUCAGCUGGGGUUCCUCAGCUUGUCCCUGUGUGGAGAAGGUCCAGGGUUCAUCACUGCUUCCUGUCAGAGUGGAGAGGAAGAUCACUUUACUAGCCCGCAACCUGCACCUCUACCAGGAUACAGAGCUGGACUAUGAGUGUGUGCUGGUCAUCGAGGGGCAGACGGUGGUGGUGGAUGCCUACGUGGAGACUGAUGACAUGAAUCCAUCAAACUUUGACAUCACCUGUCAACUGCAUCAGUACACAUAUUCUGCUCCAGUGGAGGAAUACAGUGCCAUGGUGUAUGUGAAGAGGAGGGACACCUUCCAUGUGGACAGCUCUCCUGAUCUAUAUGUGACUCUGUACAACUGCUCAGUGGACCGCUCUGACUGCAGCCGCUGCCACACAGCUGACCACAAGUAUGGCUGUGUGUGGUGUGGUGGCGCUCAGGCCAGCUGCUUGUAUUCAGACUCCUGUCGUGAACCUGUACAGCAGACGUGUCCCGCCCCUGUCAUUCACUCUAUUGAACCUCUCUCUGGACUGUUGGAAGGCGGCACCAUCGUGACCAUCUCUGGCUCCAACUUGGGCCAGAAGGCUGAAGACAUCCUCCACUCUGUGUCAGUAGUCGGGAUUCCCUGCGCUGUCAUCCCCAGCCUCUACGAGGUCUCCUCCAGGAUUGUGUGCAGGACCAAAGCCAGUGGAGGAGAGAAGGUGGGCCCUAUGUCUGUAACAGUGAGCGGAGGAGAGUUGGGUCAGUCCAGGCAGACUUUCAGCUACCAGGACCCAUUUGUAAUGGGGGUGUCUCCUGAAAGGGGGCCCAGAGCCGGAGGGACGUCCCUGAUAAUCACUGGCCGAAACCUGCUUACAGGACGUCCUUCUGACCUCACCAUCACUGUGGGAGGGGUGCCCUGUAACAUUGUGUCCGAGGUGCAGAGCUCCAGUGUUCAGUGUGUGACAGGCAGCAGUAAUAAAACAGGAGAUCACCAGGUCACCCUGCAUUACAGCAGCAGCCAGCGCCACCUCCACACUUCAGCCUACCGCUACACCCUCAACCCCAACAUCACCCACGCCACACCAGCAAAGAGCUUCCUGCGUGGUGGUCGGCUGAUCUAUGUGUCGGGUCACAACCUGGACGUGGUGCAGGAGCCCCGCAUGGUCGUGACCAUCUCUCCCUUCGAGUCCAUCAGCAAGAAUACAAGGAGGAGAAAGAGGAGGAGUGGAGAGCACAGGGAGGACAGGGGGAAGGCAGCAAGGAUGCUUCCUGAACCCAUGUGUCCUAGAGACACCCUCUGCUCUGUCAAACAGUUCUUGGAGCGCUGUGAGGUGAACUCCUCUUCCCUGAUCCUGUGCCGCUCUCCUAUGGUGGACUCCUCCAUCUGGGGGUCAAAGGUCAACGCAGAGUUUUUGCUGGACAACCUGCGCUUUGACUUCAGCAGUCUCAACCCCCAGACCUUCAGCUACGAGCCCAACCCCGUCCUGCGGCCGCUGAACCAGCUGGACCCUCUGAAGGCUUAUCGCUACAACCCCGGCAGCUUCAUCCAGCUGGAGGGGGAAAACCUGGACUUGGCCAUCACUAAGGACGAGCUGGUGGUGUUGGUUGGGGAGGGUGUGUGUGCAGUUAAGACCCUGACCAAAAACCAUCUGUACUGUGAGCCGCCACCUCAGCAGCCUGCACCAGGACCCAACGGCAAGAAACGGGAAGGCUCCGACAAUCUGCCUGAAUUCACAGUCCAAAUGGGCAACCUGAACUUCUCCCUGGGUAAGGUUCAGUAUGACACCCUCAGCCUGUCCACCUUCCCGCUGGAGGCUCAGAUUGGAGUAGGGGUUGGGGCGUCCAUCGUAGCCCUCAUCGUCCUCAUCAUUGUGCUCAUUUACAGGAGGAAGAGUAAGCAGGCUCUGAGAGACUACAAGAAGGUCCAGAUCCAACUGGAGAACCUGGAAACCAGUGUGAGAGACCGCUGCAAGAAAGAGUUCACAGACUUGAUGACAGAGAUGAUGGAUAUGUCCAGUGACCUGGUGGGCUCGGGCAUCCCUUUCCUCGACUACCGGAUGUACGCUGAGCGCAUUUUCUUCCCCGGCCACCGGGAGUCUCCGCUGAGGCGAGACCUGGACGUUCAGGAGUGUCGGAGGCAGACAGUGGAGCAGGGCCUGGUGCAGCUGUCCAACCUACUCAACAGUAAACUCUUCCUCACCAAGUUCAUUCACACUCUGGAGAGCCAGCGGACCUUCUCUCCCAGAGACAGGGCCUAUGUGGCUUCCCUGCUGACAGUGUCGCUGCACGGCAAGCUUGAGUAUUUCACCGACAUCCUCAAAACUCUCCUCAAUGAUCUGGUGGAGCAGUAUGUGGCCAAGAAUCCCAAACUGAUGCUGCGGCGAACAGAGACGGUGGUGGAGAAGCUGCUCACCAACUGGAUGUCCAUCUGCCUCUAUGCUUUCCUCAGGGACUCAGCGGGCGAGUCUCUCUACAUGCUGUUCAGGGCCAUAAAGCACCAGGUAGAUAAAGGACCAGUGGACGCUGUUACCGGUAAGGCCAAGUACACCCUCAAUGACAACCGCCUGCUGCGAGAGGACGUGGAGUACAAGACCCUGACUCUGAAUGUUUUGGUGCAGGGUGGAGGAGUGAACGAGAGCCAGCCGCUGCCCUCCAAAGUGCUGGACUGUGACACCAUCACACAGGUGAAAGAGAAGCUGCUGGAUCAGGUCUACAAAGGCACCUCCUUCUCUCACCGACCCCACGUGGACUCAUUGGACCUUGAGUGGCGCUCUGGUGUUGCCGGUCAUCUCAUCCUGUCCGACGAGGACUUGACGUCUGUGGUUCAGGGUAAUUGGAAACGCCUCAACACACUGCAGCACUACAAGGUCCCAGACGGAGCAACAGUAGCGCUGGUCCCUCGCCACACCAAACACAUUCACCAUGACAACCACGACUACGUGGCAGGAGAGAAGACUCCAAUGCUGGAGGAUGCAGAUGAAGGGGGAGUGAGGCUGUGGCAUCUGGUGAAAGCCAGCGAGGAGCCAGAGCUGCCCAAACACCGCCGAGGCAGCCUGAGGGAGAGAGAGAGGGCCAAGGCCAUCCCUGAGAUCUACCUGACCCGCCUGCUCUCCAUGAAGGGGACGUUGCAGAAGUUUGUGGACGAUCUGUUCACAGUGAUCCUCAGCACCAGUCGUCCUGUCCCGCUGGCCGUCAAAUACUUCUUUGACCUGCUGGACGACCAGGCUGGAAAACAUGGUAUCUCCGACUCGGAGACAAUACACAUUUGGAAGACCAACAGUCUCCCUCUGCGUUUCUGGAUCAACAUUGUAAAGAACCCUCAGUUCAUCUUUGACGUCCAGGCUUCGGACCACGUGGACGCCGUGCUCUCCGUCAUCGCCCAGACCUUCAUGGACUCCUGCACCAUCGCUGAGCACAAGCUGGGACGGGACUCUCCCAUCAACAAGCUGCUGUAUGCCAGAGACAUCCCCCGCUACAAACAGAUGGUAGAAAGGUACUAUGCGGACAUCAGGCAGACCAUCUCAGCCAGUGACCAGGAGAUGAACUCUGCUCUGGCUGAACUGUCCAGGAACUACUCUGGAGAGCUCAACUACCUGGUCGCACUGCACGAGCUUUACAAGUACAUCAACAAAUACUACGAUCAGAUCAUCACAGCCCUGGAGGAGGACCCCACGGCCCAGAAGAUGCAGCUCGGCUACAGACUGCAGCAGAUCGCAGCCGCUGUGGAGAAUAAAGUCACUGACUUAUGACGGAGGAAACACCCACCAGAGCUAUGGCAAACAGAGUAGGCUGGGACUGGGAGGUGAAUUAACGGACUUGCACCCUGCAAGUUGAACUGAAAAGCAGGAGAUCAAUUGACAAACUUAGGCUUGGAGUCAAGGAGCCGUGGGUUGUCGAAGAAGCUUUUUUCAACGCUAAGGAUCAGAAGAUUCAGGUUGACAUUGAAGUUCAAAGCGCCUUCUGUCCUUUGUUGAUGUUGGAUAAGGAUGCAUCAGUGACUCUGAGCACUCAGUAGAAGCAGGACAGCAAAUGGACCCUGAACAAAUCUGGACUGAGAAAGAGGGGAUGUGUAAAAGUCAGGCCUGCUGUCCCUCCCUUUACUUUAUGAAGAGACAAAAACGUAUCUCUGUGUUCAUCUCUACAUAACAUGUGCUGUGGACGUCAAACCUAACGGUCUUACAUAGAAGCUGUCAUGGAAAAAAAACCCAGCUGAUCUACAGUCAUCUGAUCUGAUCUGAAGACUGGUUAAAGAGAUUUGAUGUCACUGUUGUCCCUUGGAGUGAAUUUUAUGAAGCGGUACCUCUUAUGCCUUGUGUGCUUCUCGUGUGUGUGUGUGUGUGUUAUCCACAUUGCCCUGUUUGUCAAUCUACACCUUGUAUUGUUUUGGUUUCUAGUACAAAGCAUUAAAGUAACUGAUUAUUAUAUUGUAAAUGGUAAAGUCAGCAGUGUUCACAAAACAAGUAAAUGAGCUUCCAUAUUAUUUCUCUUUGGACACAUGUUUAACAAUGAAACCUUGGUCACAACAUUGUUUAUACGCCCCUCUACUUAAAGCCAAUGGCUGAGAGUUUAAUAAGUCACUGCCACUCUCUACCUCAGCCAACUGUCCUUUCUUUUUCCUAUGAUGUUGUUGACUAACACCUGGGAUGUACAUUUCAACCAGCUAUAACUACCAGUACAGCAGCGCAGCACAGAUCUGCCCUCAUCAACACAGAGCAGCACCAGCUAGACAUUCUCAAUUGCAGCGGUACGAACACAUGCAGACAUUUAUGACAUUUCUAGUUUUUCUUUGUGAGAUUGGAAAUCAUAACCUUUUAUGAUGAUUUUAGGGUACUAAAAACCCGACUGAAUAACAGUUUACUCUGCUUUUGUUUUUUGCUUUUAUUCAUGUGGAUGUGUCGAUAGUGUACAAGUCACUGGAAAGAUGUUGGAGGAAAAGUAAAAAUCCUUCCAUAAAGAAACUCCUUAAGGUGGAAUCUUAGUGUGCACCAUUGUUUUAUUGUGUAAGUCAGUCAUAUUUCUUUUAAUUGUGUACAUUUUUAACAUUCCUUUUAGGUUUUGAACAAUGUAUUAAAAUCAUGGUUCACCUUGUUUCACUACCAGCUGAGGCGAUGGUACUGUUGAGGUUUCUUGGUAUUGACAUCAAUGGUUGGUGUACAGUUCUUGUAUGUAACACAAGGUGGCACUGCUUCAUGUGCUGAAGGUCUGUAUGGCAUUUAAUUUUGUCAGGUUCAUACAGGUUAUAUAUUGAUUCUACUACUACUGGUUCAGUAGGUAUCAUUGAUCUUGUCACUAUUCUGCUUUCAGUUAGAGCACAGAGCCCUUUUAUACAUGAGCUAAUGUUUGCUGAUAUUUUUCUUAUUUAAAUGACAAAGACUGAGAUGGCUUCCUAGGGCUUAGUAGGGCUGGGAAUGGUUGGACAUACAAUAUGUUGAGGUCUCUGUUUCUCAUAGCACUGCCCUUGGUUGUUGGCCUUAGGGCUUAAUUUAGGUUAACAUUUGGGUUAUGGUUAGACAUGGCAGAGAUAAGUGGUUGGUUUCAGGUAAACACAAGGGGAAACCCAAAUCGACAGGGAUACAGACUUUGUGCCAACUUUGAUGUUUAACAGUUUGUCAUUACUCAAGUUAGUGCUGUAGACACAAUGUAGUCUGGAUUUAAAAAGUAAUGAGGUUUGAUACCCAGCCCUAGUCAUCAGAGACCAAAAAAGAUGAGAGUGAAUGAAGAGUGUUAAUGUGUGUCAGUUGAGCCUAAUGUGUGUCAUUCCGGGGUCCAGGCUCAGCAUGUCAAAAUGUAGCCCGUAGGUUUAUUACUACAUGACUUAACACACACAAGCAACUAAUGACUCGUAUGAAUGGCUUGUUUUGCUCAGUGAUGAUGAAGACAAGUCAUUUAAAGGGGAAAACUAUAUCUGUUAUUAGGCUGUAUAAAUGUGGCAAUGUAGAGCAGGCUCUGCAAUGAGCAGUUUUAAGGAUGUUUCUUAUUUUGUGUGUUAAUAUCAUUGUACAUAUUGAUUUAAAAUGUAACUGUAGUGAUUUAACCUGUUUAAUAAGAGGGUGAAAAUUCUCACAGAUGCUGAUGUAAUAAAGUAUUCUUAAAAUGA